AUGGGUGAACGUGCUACCCGGCAUUUGGGCGCCGACAACGCUGCGAACGUUCGAGUCCGAAUCGACCGCUCGCACGUGAUCUCUGUGAGCGAUAACCAUACAUUAGUGACUUGGCCCGACUGCAGCCUGUCAACUUAUGGUUCUUUUCGGCCUUGCUGCAAGGAUUUGACGCGCCGAUUCAGGCUCGCGCGCACGGACCCUUUCUCCCCCGUGGAUGCUAUAGCUGUGCUUCCCACACGCGGGCUCACGGGCGGCACUCGCAACGCACGUUCCCUUUCGGGCCCUUCACUGCGUUGUCGACGUUUCCUCACCAGCUUCUGCGGCUGCGUUCACCACCUGUAGGGAGGGGUGCGUUCCUCACUCCCAAGACUACCUCCCAGCUGACAAGGUCGCUGAUCGAGAGUUCCAUCUUGCCGGACGUUCACAGCUGCUAGCAGCUCGUUAUGAAACCCUCGACGUGGCUCGCUUAGAGUAGCUCGGGGUAAGUGCUUCGAUACACCCAAGCUUGUUGCACGGUGUACUUUGCACUUGGAUCCCUGCAAAUUCUUUGUGGGGGCAUUUUGCUCCGGGCCCUUGUUGGGCAACGAGCUAAAUCGCAUAUCUCUCAGCAGACCCUUUGCCGUCCUUUGCACCAGCCGCACCCCAACUGUCUUUAUACAGUGUCUUGCCUUUGUCGCAAAGGUAUGCUGAGACGAUCAGUGGACUUGCUCCAUCAUCAGUUGCAGCCGACUGACAUCCAGAAGCUUGCGUCGCAAAGCUCCCAUUUGUCAUCCCGCCCACCAUCCCUGUGUAUCACCAAGAAGUUCGGACUCUCUUCCGUUUAGAUCAAUCUCUUGCGGUUUUCCCCAGAAGGCUGGGUUUUCACCGCUUGAGGUAUUUGUUUAACAACUCCUACAUCACCAAUGUUGUCCUUCGUCUUGCUGCAACUCGAACCACUAUUCCGCUACGACUCGCGCGAGUGGUCAGGAGAGUCGAUAUCACCGAGUUGCAUCCCCCGCCCCAAGGACCAGGCGCUUGGUCGCUCGUCGAGCGUCUCGUGUCGGCCAAGUAA